AUGUGCAGCGUUGGAGAAAAACGUGUAUGGGAAGACAAUUCAGUGAGAAACGUACGAAAAAAGUGUGUCCUUAGGACGUCUGAUAAGCAAAAUGACCAAAGUCUGAAACUAGAUAGCUUCUUGCAAAGGACGCCCCAUGAGAUCAUUCUCAAAAUCUUAGAACACUUGUGUCAUGAAGACAUGAAAAGUUUAGUUUUGGCCAACAAACGCAUAAGGUGGACACUACUGCCGUAUUUUUUUGAGAAGGUUAAGAUAGGGUGGGAAGAGUUGUUGGAUACUUGGCAAGAUUGCGGAGCGUUGACCGUUCCGAUAUCAGAUGCCCAACUUAUUGAAAAGCUCCGAAUCACCACGGCGUGUUCCAAAAACGAAUGGACUUUUCCCUUCGAACGACUCUUCUCUCACGAUGCUGCUGAAAGUAGAAUGAGUAAUUUGCGAAGUUUGCAAUUAACAACUUCCGGGUCUACCAGUUUUUUCAAAUACUGUAACACCGCGGACAAGCUGAAGGAGUUGAAAGUCGCUGCACAGAAGAAAUCAUCCAUUUUUAGCAUGUGCCACGUCCGUUGUUUACCGUCUUUACGGCAUUUAGAGCUCGCAGAUUUCCACAUCGAAACUUUCGACGAGGAUUCAACGGUGUGUCCUCUUUUAACCUCCCUACAGCUUGAAAAUUGUACCUGGUGCUUUCCAUUCAAUUUGGAGUCCUUCGGCAAGGACAAGGUCACAUCGCUUAGACUAACAUACUCAGAUUCUUUUGUCGCCAGCGAGCGGUUUCGAAAAUUUUUGUCAGAUCCCGGUUUUACACGAUUGCAAGAACUCUGCAUCACGAAUAAUGAAAGAAAUUUGAAACUUACUCUUUCUGUUCAAGUCAUUACAUUGAUCAAGAAAAUUACCACGCUGAAAGUGUUGAAACUGGUCGGCAACGUUUACAACGAGACUCUGAAUCAAUUCACUCAGCAUGACCUUGCAAAUUGCAUACAUUGCGCCAAUUCCCGCGAUGUCAAAGUUUUAUAUUCCAGUUUCGCGAGAGACUCGAGCUAA